AUAUGGUUGACUGAUUCAAAAUUCUGUGGAAACCUAUGUGCAGGAAAACACAGGGAAUUGGAGCUGCUUGCAAACUCGAUCAAGUCACACCAUUGAAGGCAUAUAAGAAAUCUCACCUUGGUAAUGAAUGGAAGAAACCAUUUGCGGGAUCUUCUCAUGCAAAAGGCAUUGUUCUCGAGAAAAUUGGUAUUGAGGCUAAGCAGCCAAACCAUGCUAUAUCAGAAAAUGUGCUUGAGUUCAGCUGAUCAAAAAUGGGAAGAAGAUUGCAGCAGUUGUACCAAAUGAUGGUUGCUUGAACUUCAUUGAAGAGAAUGAUGAGGUUCUGAUUGCUGGCUUUGGCAGACAGGGCCAUGCUGUUGGAGAUAUUCCUGGAGUCAGAUUUAAGGUUGUCGAGGUAUCAGGUGUAUCUCUAUUAGCCCUCUUCAAGGAGAAAAAGGAGAAGCCAAGAUCAUAAGCUCCUGCAGCAAAUGAAAGUUACUUUAAUUC